UAGCCAUUAAUAAAUAGCCACACCCAUUUACAAUUAUUAUGCUCACGUGAUCCUAACGUCGUCUCCACGUUUUCUUGAGUUUAUAGUCGUGGAGGUGAAGGUGACUCAAGAUGUCAUUGUUGCAUCCAUUGAUACAAAGACAGCCACACCCUUUCCCCUACCACGAGCCACUGCCAGAAGAGAUACUGGAGGAUAAAGCUAAGAAAUGGCAGCAGCUCCAGUCCAAGAGGUACAGCGAAAAGAGGAAGUUUGGUUUUGUUGAGGCCCAGAAGGAGGACAUGCCUCCAGAACACGUCCGUAAGAUCAUACGGGACCAUGGGGACAUGACUCACAAGAAGUUCCGGAAUGACAAGAGAGUGUACCUGGGGGCCCUGAAGUACAUGCCUCAUGCGAUGAUGAAGCUAUUAGAGAACAUGCCAAUGCCGUGGGAACAGAUCAGAGACGUGUCAGUGAUAUACCACAUCACCGGAGCAAUCACCUUUGUUAAUGAGAUACCCUGGGUCUCUGAACCUAUCUAUAUUGCGCAAUGGGGCACUAUGUGGAUCAUGAUGAGACGUGAGAAGAGAGACAGGCGUCACUUUAAAAGGAUGAGGUUUCCUCCCUUUGAUGAUGAGGAGCCUCCCCUGGACUAUGCUGAUAAUGUGUUGGACGUUGAACCUCUGGAGGCCAUACAAAUGGAUCUUGAUGAGGAGGAGGACUCAGCAGUCUACGACUGGUUCUACGACCACAAACCAUUAGUGGGAACAAAGUUCGUGUGUGGCUCCUCCUACCGUACUUGGAACCUCUCUUUAUCAAUUAUGUCAACACUCUAUCGUCUUGGAAACCAGCUACUCACUGAUCUUGCUGAUGAUAAUUAUUUUUAUUUAUUUGACAUGAAGUCUUUCUUCACUGCUAAGGCACUCAAUCUUGCUAUACCAGGUGGUCCGAAAUUUGAACCUCUAAUUAAAGAGCACCAGGAAAUAGGUGACGAGGACUGGAACGAGUUCAAUGACAUUAAUAAGAUUAUCAUUCGCCAGCCAAUCAGGACCGAGUACAGGAUCGCCUUUCCUUAUUUGUACAAUAACCUUCCGCUCUAUGUCCACCUCUCCUGGUAUCAUUACCCCACUGUGGUCUUCAUAAAGACUGAGGAUCCCAAUUUACCAGCUUUUUAUUUCGACCCUUUAAUUAAUCCAAUAUCUCAUCGCCAUGCUGUGAAAAUUGAGGAGCCUGAACCUGACGAAGAUGAGGAGUUCUUUCUUCCUGAUUACGUGGAACCAAUCCUGAGUGACACGCCCCUUUAUACUGAUAACACUUCCAAUGGUAUUGCUCUCCUCUGGGCACCACGCCCCUUUAACUUGAGGGCGGGGCACUCUCGUAGAGCUGUUGAUGUUCCCCUGGUUAAGAUGUGGUACCAGGAGCACUGCCCCCCUAACCAGCCGGUUAAAGUUAGGGUCUCCUAUCAGAAAUUAUUAAAAAUAUUUGUACUGAACUCCUUGAAACACAGACCACCUAAAGCAAUGAAGAAAAGGUAUCUGUUUCGUUCUUUCAAGCAGACCAAGUUCUUCCAGUCGACAAAGUUGGACUGGGUAGAGGCUGGUCUCCAGGUCUGUCGUCAAGGUUACAACAUGCUGAACUUGCUGAUCCAUCGGAAGAACCUAAACUACCUUCACCUUGAUUACAACUUCAACCUAAAGCCGGUCAAGACACUCACGACUAAGGAAAGGAAGAAGUCUCGGUUUGGUAACGCCUUUCACUUGUGCCGUGAGAUCCUUCGAUUGACUAAACUUGUGGUUGACUCACACGUGCAGUACAGACUAGGGAAUGUGGACGCCUACCAGUUAGCCGACGGUAUCCAGUACAUAUUCUCUCACAUUGGCCAGCUGACUGGUAUGUACCGCUACAAGUAUAAGCUAAUGAGACAAAUCAGAAUGUGUAAGGACCUGAAACACGUCAUAUACUACCGGUUCAACACAGGCCCAGUGGGCAAGGGACCUGGUGUUGGUAUUUGGGCCCCCGGCUGGAGGGUCUGGAUAUUUUUUAUGCGAGGGAUAGUCCCUCUCCUGGAGAGGUGGUUGGGGAACCUCCUCUCACGUCAGUUUGAGGGACGACACUCAAAGGGCGUGGCCAAGACUGUUACUAAGCAACGGGUGGAGAGCCAUUUUGACCUUGAGCUCAGAGCAGCUGUAAUGCAUGAUAUUCUUGACAUGAUGCCGGAGGGUAUCAAACAGAACAAAGCUCGUGUGAUACUCCAGCACUUGAGUGAGGCCUGGCGCUGCUGGAAGGCUAACAUACCCUGGAAGGUACCCGGUCUGCCGAUACCAGUCGAGAACAUGAUACUCCGUUAUGUAAAGUCCAAAGCUGACUGGUGGACCAACACUGCCCAUUACAAUAGAGAACGUAUCAGACGAGGAGCAACUGUUGAUAAAACCGUCUGUAAGAAGAACCUGGGUCGUCUGACUAGACUCUAUUUGAAAGCAGAGCAGGAGAGACAGCACAACUAUCUCAAGGAUGGCCCCUAUGUCACUGCAGAAGAGGCAGUGGCUAUAUACACUACUACUGUACACUGGCUGGAGAGCAGGAGGUUCUCUCCCAUUCCCUUCCCUCCUUUAUCCUACAAACAUGACACAAAACUGUUGAUAUUAGCCCUGGAGAGACUCAAGGAAGCUUACAGUGUUAAAAGUCGUUUGAAUCAGUCGCAAAGAGAAGAACUGGGGCUGAUAGAACAGGCUUAUGAUAAUCCUCACGAGACGCUCUCCAGAGUAAAAAGGCACCUGCUGACACAGAGGGCCUUUAAAGAGGUUGGUAUUGAAUUCAUGGACCUGUACAGUCACUUGAUCCCAGUCUAUGACGUGGAGCCGUUGGAGAAGAUUACUGAUGCAUACUUAGACCAAUACUUGUGGUAUGAGGCCGACAAGAGGAGACUGUUCCCUCCAUGGAUCAAACCAGCUGAUACUGAACCACCUCCGCUACUGGUCUACAAGUGGUGCCAAGGUAUUAAUAAUCUACAAGACGUGUGGGACACAGGGGAGGGUGAGUGUAACGUGAUGAUGGAGACUUCCUUUGAAAAGUUGUACGAGAAGAUUGAUCUAACUUUAUUGAAUCGACUGCUACGACUGAUUGUUGAUCAUAACAUCGCUGACUACAUGACGGCUAAGAACAACGUGGUCAUCAAUUAUAAGGACAUGAACCACACCAAUUCUUACGGUAUCAUAAGAGGACUCCAGUUUGCCUCGUUCGUAGUCCAGUAUUACGGGUUGGUUCUUGAUCUGCUGGUACUUGGUCUUCAAAGAGCUAGUGAAAUGGCAGGACCUCCUCAACUACCCAACGAUUUUUUAACCUACCAGGACGUGGACACUGAGACUGUCCACCCGAUCAGAUUAUACUCUCGUUACAUUGACAGGGUUCAUGUGUUCUUCAGGUUUUCAGCUGAUGAUUCCAAAGACCUGAUCCAGCGUUACCUGACGGAGCACCCUGACCCAAACAAUGAGAACAUUGUUGGGUACAAUAACAAGAAGUGCUGGCCGAGGGACUCCAGAAUGAGACUCAUGAAACAUGACGUGAACCUGGGUCGUGCUGUAUUUUGGGAGAUUAAGAACCGGCUCCCUCGCUCAGUGACGACCAUUCAGUGGGAGAACAGCUUUGUUUCGGUUUACAGCAAAGACAACCCCAACCUCCUCUUCAAUAUGGGCGGGUUUGAGGUGAGGAUACUCCCAAAGUGUCGGAUGAUGUACGAGGAAUUCACUCAUAAAGACGGAGUAUGGAACCUCCAGAAUGAGGUGACAAAGGAGAGGACUGCCCAGUGCUUCCUACGGGUGGACAACGACUCACUCCACAGGUUCCAUAACAGAGUGAGACAGAUACUGAUGGCAUCUGGAUCAACAACCUUCACUAAAAUUAUCAAUAAGUGGAACACAGCACUGAUUGGUCUGAUGACCUAUUUCAGAGAAGCAGUGGUCAAUACGCAAGAACUGCUGGACUUACUAGUAAAGUGUGAAAAUAAGAUUCAAACUCGUAUUAAGAUUGGUCUUAAUUCUAAAAUGCCUUCCAGAUUUCCCCCUGUGGUAUUUUAUACCCCCAAAGAGUUAGGAGGACUGGGAAUGUUAUCAAUGGGUCACGUCCUCAUUCCGCAGUCUGACCUGAGGUGGUCCAAACAGACCGACGUUGGUAUCACUCACUUCAGAUCAGGAAUGAGUCACGAUGAGGACCAACUGAUCCCUAAUCUAUACCGUUAUAUCCAGCCGUGGGAGAGUGAGUUCAUUGACAGUCAGAGAGUGUGGGCGGAGUAUAGACUAAAGAGACAAGAAGCUAAUGCUCAGAACCGGAGACUAACACUGGAAGACCUUGAGGACUCCUGGGACAGAGGGAUCCCAAGGAUCAACACCCUCUUCCAAAAGGACAGGCACACACUGGCCUAUGAUAAGGGAUGGAGGGUCAGGACCGACUUUAAGCAGUAUCAGGUACUCAAGCAGAAUCCUUUCUGGUGGACUCAUCAGAGACACGAUGGUAAACUAUGGAACUUGAAUAACUACCGGACUGACAUGAUACAAGCAUUAGGAGGAGUGGAGGGGAUACUGGAACACACCCUCUUUAAGGGCACUUAUUUCCCGACCUGGGAGGGGCUGUUUUGGGAGAAGGCGAGUGGGUUUGAGGAGUCAAUGAAGUACAAGAAGUUGACCAACGCCCAGCGCUCAGGACUGAACCAGAUACCAAACAGAAGGUUCACCCUCUGGUGGUCUCCUACCAUUAACAGAGCUAAUGUGUAUGUAGGUUUUCAAGUACAGCUGGAUCUCACUGGUAUCUUUAUGCAUGGAAAGAUCCCAACACUAAAGAUCUCACUGAUUCAAAUCUUCCGAGCUCACUUGUGGCAGAAGAUACACGAAAGUGUUGUCAUGGACUUGUGUCAGGUGUUUGAUCAGGAGCUGGACGCACUAGAGAUAGAGACAGUACAGAAAGAGACCAUUCACCCGAGGAAGUCUUACAAGAUGAACUCCUCAUGUGCUGACAUUCUUCUGUUCGCCUCUUACAAGUGGAACGUGUCAAAACCAUCUCUACUGGCUGAUUCAAAAGAUAUAAUGGACGCCACCACUACCCAGAAGUAUUGGGUAGAUGUACAGUUAAGAUGGGGUGACUAUGACUCUCAUGAUGUUGAAAGAUACGCUCGUGCCAAGUUCCUCGACUACACCACUGACAACAUGAGCAUCUACCCAUCACCCACCGGGGCCAUGAUUGGUAUUGAUCUCGCUUAUAAUUUACACAGUGCAUUUGGAAGUUGGAUCCCGGGAAUGAAACCUCUAAUCCAGCAGGCCAUGUCCAAGAUAAUGAAGGCUAACCCUGCCCUCUAUGUCCUGAGAGAAAGGAUUAGGAAAGCACUCCAGCUGUAUUCCUCUGAGCCAACGGAGCCUUACCUCUCCUCACAGAAUUACGGAGAGUUAUUCUCAAAUCAAAUCAUUUGGUUUGUUGAUGAUACCAAUGUUUACCGGGUUACCAUUCAUAAGACAUUUGAAGGUAAUUUAACUACAAAGCCAAUUAAUGGAGCCAUCUUUAUAUUCAAUCCACGUACUGGCCAGCUCUUCCUAAAGAUUAUCCACACUUCAGUGUGGGCGGGGCAGAAGCGUCUGGGCCAGCUGGCAAAAUGGAAGACAGCGGAAGAAGUGGCAGCUCUCAUUCGGUCACUGCCAGUGGAGGAACAACCCAAACAGAUUAUUGUAACCAGGAAAGGAAUGCUUGAUCCUCUAGAGGUUCACUUGUUGGAUUUUCCUAAUAUAGUAAUAAAAGGGAGUGAGUUGCAGCUGCCGUUUCAAGCCUGUUUGAAGGUAGAGAAGUUAGGUGAUCUUAUACUGAAGGCCACUGAGCCUCAGAUGGUGUUAUUCAAUUUAUAUGACGACUGGUUGAAGAGUAUUCCAUCAUACACUGCAUUCUCCAGACUGAUCCUCAUACUAAGAGCUCUUCAUGUCAAUACAGAACGGACUAAAGUGAUCCUUAAACCUGACAAGACAACCAUUACAGAGCCGCACCACAUCUGGCCAACACUUAAUGAUGAGGAAUGGAUCAGAGUUGAAGUAGCACUGAAAGAUCUUAUAUUAGCCGACUAUGGAAAGAAAAACAAUGUGAAUGUAGCUUCACUGACUCAGUCUGAGAUCAGAGACAUCAUAUUAGGAAUGGAGAUCAGUGCUCCUUCACAGCAAAGGCAGCAAAUUGCUGAAAUUGAAAAACAAACGAAAGAGCAAAGUCAACUUACCGCAACAACAACCCGGACCAUUAACAAGCACGGAGAUGAGAUCAUCGUCACGACGACCAGCAACUAUGAGAGACAGACCUUCUCCUCCAAGACUGAGUGGAGAGUGAGAGCCAUUUCAGCAACUAACCUUCACCUCAGGACCAAUCAUAUAUAUGUGUCAUCAGACGACAUUAAAGAAACUGGCUAUACUUACAUACUGCCUAAGAACAUACUCAAGAAGUUUAUUGUCAUAUCAGACCUGAGGACACAAAUCUGUGGUUACAUCUAUGGAGUGAGCCCUCCCGACAAUCCUCAGGUGAAGGAGAUCCACUGUAUAGUCUUGGUACCACAGUGGGGGACUCAUCAGUCUGUCCAUUUACCGAAUGCCUUACCUCACCACGAGUACCUCAAGGAUAUGGAACCGUUAGGUUGGAUACACACUCAACCCAACGAGCUCCCUCAGCUCUCACCUCAAGACGUUACUCUACACGCUAAGAUAAUGGCGGAGAACCCAUCGUGGGAUGGAGAGAAAACCAUCGAUAUUACAUGCAGUUUUACACCUGGAUCAUGUUCUCUAACGGCCUACAAGCUGACACCCUCGGGCUAUGAGUGGGGGCGGUCCAAUAAAGACUCCAGUAACAACCCUCAAGGCUAUCUACCCUCCCACUAUGAGAAGGUUCAGAUGCUUCUCUCCGAUAGAUUCCUCGGGUUCUUCAUGUGCCCCGCCCAGGGGUCCUGGAACUAUAAUUUCAUGGGUGUCCGUCAUUCUCCUACCAUGAGUUACGAGUUGAUUCUCUCUAAUCCUAAGGAGUUUUAUCAUGAGGUCCAUCGACCCACCCACUUCCUUAACUUUAGUAACAUUAGCGGGGAGAGUGCUGAGUCAGCAGACAGGGAGGACAUGUAUGCAUGAACAAUUAACAUUUUUAAUUAAUUAAUUAAUAAUUAUUAUUAGCUCAUGAUUUCUUUUUUAGUUGUAAUUUCUAUUAUAAUUUUGUUGGAAACAAAAUCAUUAUUAUUGGCACAAUCCCCGCCCUUCAUAAUUUAA